AUGUCAAGUAGUGAUAUUAGGGGUAAAGAUUUGGCCGAGGGAUCGUCAAGAUCCCCCAGUCGUGAUCAACCACCUAGUCGAUACGAGUCUCAGAAACGUCGAGAUUGGAACACUUUCAACCACUACUUGAAGAAUCAAAGACCACCAAUCCCCCUUCCUCAUUGCCAUAGCAACCACAUCCUAGAGUUCCUCCGGUACCUUGACCAAUUUGGGAAAACAAAGGUUCACUUACUGGGUUGUAUGUUCUACGGUCAACCUGACCCACCAGCUCCCUGCACUUGUCCAUUGAGACAAGCCUGGGGAAGCCUGGAUGCACUCAUAGGCAGGCUUAGGGCUGCCUAUGAAGAGAACGGUGGGUCAAGUGAGACGAACCCAUUCGCGACCGUUGGGAUUCGAGUGUAUUUGAGGGAAGUGAAGGAAUGUCAAGCCAAGGCACGUGGCAUUGCUUAUAAGAAGAAACAAAAGAAGUUGGCUAAUAGUCCAAGUAAGGGAGAUCAUGAUGAUGCAAGUUCUCCAGGAUUCCUCACAUUUUCUUGA